CCCCGCAGCGUCAGUUUCGCGUCAGUAGCACGCUCGUCAGCAGCUCGCGACGGUGCUGCUCCCUUCUCGGGAUUCCGAGCUUACUCGCAGCAUGUCGGUCAUCUUCGCCCCUGACUGGCUCCGCGGCAAGGCUAAGGUCAACCAGGAGACCAUCCAGCGGCUCCUGGAGGAGAAUGACCAGCUGAUCCGCUGUAUCGUGGAGUAUCAGAACAAGGGCCGAGCGAACGAGUGCGUCCAGUACCAGCACGUGUUGCACAGAAAUCUCAUUUACCUAGCUACCAUCGCAGAUGCCAACACAAGCAGCCUCACGAAGGCAGUGGAGUAACUCCAGGAGGCUGUUGCCAGGACUGACUAAAGGGGACACAUCUUCUGUGAAAUAGAGACGCGGGCAAAAAGGCUGUGAUUCGUUUGGACUCUGAAGAAAGCUGCUACUAACCCUCUAUAUCUUAGUGUACAUAUUUUAGUAAUAAAACAGAUCCCACAGUAAAA